AUGAGCUCAGUUCUGAGCGAAGCGCUCGAGUACUGCGGUCAGCACAGCAAGCCGGGGCACUGCAUGUGGAAGAUUUACAGGUCCGCCCAGAGACUCGCAACACGCAUUGGGAUCUUUUGCGAAAAUGUUUCAGAAACACGAUGGCCUUUGUUAAAUCAUGCAAAGGUUCGUGGCUGGAAUCAGGCGAAGAAUACGUCUGAAGAGUAUUCCUUGGCAAUUUUGCUGCCUCACGAAUCCUUGCACUCACUGCUGAAAGUGAACACGCCAGAGGCCUUACUUGAGCAGCAAGCCAAGAUCUUGCCUGACAGGCCUGACCUGGAGAACCACUUGCAUUUUUUGGAGGAUGAGUUGGGCUUGGAUUCUGAAUCCACUCUCCUCAUGGGAAUGUGGUGCGAUGGUGUGCCUUUCAACAGCGACCGAUCCAUGACUUUGGAGACGAUUUCUUUGAACAUCUUUGGCCAGCAGAAUCUUCGCCUGUACCCUCUCAUUUCCAGCAUGGACUUCUUCAUGCGCCAGAGGCAGCAGAAUAAAUUGGUGUCGAGAUUAUUUUCUUGCCCAGGAUUCAAUACGGCUUGCUGCAAGAUGGACUUUUUACACGCUUGCGACCUCGGAGUAACAUCCGACUGGCUUGGGUCUUUGCUGUUUUACUUGCAGAAUGAGAAGAUCCGAGGCCUGAGCAAACUCAUCCGAUGUGCCAAGCUGUACCAAGACAUCAAGGCAUACUACGACAGAGCUGGGGUCCAAGAUCGAUUGCCGAAGCUCCUUCCCACCAUGCUUCGUGAAGAGGAUCGAGGCAAGAUCAAAUCCCCCAAGUUGAGAGCCAAAGCAGGGGAAGCUCGAGCACUCGUCGGUGCUGCCAUGGAAUUGGCUACAAAGUAUUUGUCGCCAGCAAAGCCUGCUGAACAGGCGAUGUUGCAUGGCACAGAAGCUUUGCAGUCCAUAUAUGCCUGUCUCAGCACUGCAGCUUGGGACAAGGAAGUCUUCAGAGUUUCUUCUCAGAAGUUUCUUUUACUCUGGGGCAGCCUCGAGACUUACUUCGAGGUGGACAAGCUCUUCAGGGUUAAACCUAAAGCCCAUCAGCUGUUCGAAUUGGCCAGGGGCGAGGUGAACCCUAGCAAGACCUGGACCUACAGGGAUGAGAGCUAUGGGCAUACCCUAGCAUUGCUGGGCAGACGGCGUGGUGGCAAGUUUUCGAUGAAUGCUGUUUCUUGUCAAGUUCUCAGACGAUUCCUGGCAGCUAAUAAAGUUCCUCGAAUCGAGAUCGGCACGUGA